GAUUGUUUGCCUAUGACAGCAUUGAUAAGAAAUCAAUACUGCUGAAUAUCUAAACCAGUAAACGGCUACGGAUUCUGGCAUCUGGAAAUUUGUGGUCUAUCCCGGGCGCUGCUCUUCCCGUAGGAAUUUCUCGAGAAUGCAGUCGGAAACGACGCGAAAAACGCAGGUGCGGCGAUAUGAUACAUCUGGGUAUGCCACUCUCGUUGCUAGAUACCCGCUUUGGCACAUUAUUAGCUUAUAAACCCCCUUUACACCCAUGGAAAGAAUACGACGCAGAUUGAGUGGCCACAACUUGACAGCGGUGGACAUGGACUACGCCAACCACCCGCCGUUGGCAGACGAAGACGAAUGGACGGCGUCAACUUCCAGCACCAGCCUCCCUGGGACCGUCCCCUCCUACGAAUCAAGCCAGCUCCACCACCGUUCGAUUUCAGGCCCGUUGCACCUCAACUCGCGGUCCACAUCCAUCACCUCCCUUUCCACGUUGAUGCAAGACGACGGCCCUACUAACGCCUCACACGACCCAUCCCACAAAGAGGAACGCAAGAGCUUUCGCCGUUUGGGUCUCACAUCGCUCAACCCACGCCAGCACUUUGCACUCUCUAUGUGUCGCGAUAUCUCCUUCCUUCCGCCCGUAGUGGGCCUACUCCGGGCCUGGAAUCGCGCGUUCUUCUACUCCCCCCCGAACCAAUCGCUCAUCGACCAGCUCUCGUCUUCCACUUCGGUGGAGCACUUUCUCACGGGAAUAUGGUGUAUCGUUGCCGGCUAUCUCUCGUACUGUAUUUUGGACGGGCUCAUGGUGCGCUGGAUCGUGACAUAUUCCAUAUCCGCGGCGAUUGUCCGUAUGUUGAGCUUCUCCGCGUUGGUAAUUUCGCUCGAGCAGUUAAUUCUCACAGUGCUGGCAUCGCCGGACAAUGCUACGCACUAUCUGUUGCACAGUUGGAUCCUUAUAUCGUGCAUAAUGACUAUUGCGUACGUAUGCGAGAGCUUUGUGACGAGCAACUUGUUUAAAUCGUCCAAAAAGCGCUAUUUUGACUACUAUAAUAUUACCGUAUUUGCAGUGGUGCCCGUGGGCCUUGCCAGCUUUGCUACCAUGAUUGGAAUCUUGCGCAGCUUGAUUAUCUUGCGGCUAGACAUUGAGACACGUAGGUUUCAGUUGCAGUCCGAGUAGUAGUUUUGCCCUUGUUUCUCUUUUUUUGCUUUUCGAACGCCUUUGCAGGUCUUUUUUUUUGUUAUUGUUGGUUUAUGGUGUAAUUAACUGGGUCGUUAAUAUAUUAAUAUUAGGUAC